AUGUCCGACUAUGCCUCUCUCGCAAGUAAGGUCAGCUCUCAGGCGUUCGCUGCAGAAGCCUUUACCAAUUCGCUCCUGAGCUCGUCGCCGAUCCUUGAGGCCAGCUCUGGCAGGGUCUUCUCUUCCGAGGAGCUCCACCAGCUAGACGCGCAUGUUGCAGACCUCCUUUCCAAUCUCGAUAAGCUUGAGGCAGAUUUGGUUACCAAGCAGAUCCAAGAGUCCCGCAGUUUUCAGCAGUACAAGGUUAGCUUUUCCAGCCAAAUAGACAAGUCUGCAAAGCAGAUAAGCAAAUUCAAGGCGCAUGUCACAACCAUCGAAACUCUAAUUGGGGACCUUUCAUCCCUCUCUCAAGCCGGGUCAGAAGCCGUUCACAUUUUGCGGAAAGCCAAGAACCUGCAGAAAUCGGUAUUUCUAUUACAGCUUUUUAAUGAGUUUAUUAUUGCCAGGCUUCUUGGUGGGGUCUCUUUGCACUUUGAGUUUGCACCUGUCGCUAAGAGCGGAGCUGUUGUUAUUGAUCAGCUGGACUACGAGCACUUUCUGGCAGCAGGCACGCUCUACAAGACAAUAGGUGGCGCAGAUCCGGAGAUGCUGCUCACCAACACUUACUAUUCGAAGGAUCAUUACUUUAUUGAUAUGAACCCUUCUUUGCUUAAGCCAGGUUCUUUGGCACCAGAGAACCUUAAGUACUCACCUUACGCACAGCCAAAAUCAGGCGCCAAAGAAGACACUUUGGAGCACUUAUUGUCCAAACAGAACAGGGUGAUAUCCUCUCCCUAUGAAGAUAGUCCAUAUAUCCCCCCAGCCUUUCGGUAUCUACUGAACAACCCUUUCACUAGACACCAGAUGCUUUUUAUGCUUAAAGAGAUGAUUGCUGCAUUUGAUAUGCACAGCCUGCUUUCUGUUCCACGUUUCGACUGUUUUGAAAAUGUAUCUUUCUCGUGGUCCCUGCUAUCAGUUCCGGAACUGCGCUCCCAGCUCCCUACCCCACUCUCCUCUGAGCAACUCAACACUGCUACCGUUGAGACCGUCGCAUUCAUUAAGCGGCUAUAUGAUUCAAUUACAUCCUUGCACUCCAUAAUACCCUAUCCGCCAACCUCUUCAAUGAGCCGACGUCUCAAUGAGUUGGUAGAGGCAGCCAACACUCUCAUAUCUUAUGGACCGGAGCAUAUUGCAGACAAUGUACACACUAUCUGCACUACUUAUGCCAUACAUUUGGAUGGCCGUACAGUUGAAGAGUCUGGAGAUUCUCAGCAGGCAACUCAACUACCCCCAGUCAAGUACUCUUUUGACCUGUAUUGUCAUCGGUAUGGCCUUCUUUAUGAGCUUUGCUGUGCCCUAGACUAUCGUAAAAGGCCCGAUUUGGCUAAAGCACGUCGAGUAAUAGCUACCAUGGAUGUUCUCGGCAUGUACUGCUAUGACCUAGUUUAUGAAGCUAUUGCCUAUGCUUGCAUCAAAGCGGCGUCUCAUCUUCUCACACGCUUUGCGGAUAGCCUCUUGUUACAAAGCCCCGAAGAUGUUCCCGAUAUACUUUCGCAAUUGUCGUUCUCCGAGGAGUCAGCAUCAAUACCAGGGCCGAGUCCAGAAGACCCGCAGGACGAUCCAGUUAGCUCGUCACCCGCCGCAUCAAAAAUUAACAACCCCUUUUCAGACUUGGUGGUAGCAGCACGCACAGUAUUCCCGCCGCUCACAGAAUACUUUACCGCUAGUUUCUGCAUCUUGAAGGGCAUGUUUCGCAUCUGUUUCUUGACGCUUCCCAAUCCUCAUCCUAUGGUCAUUCAGGUGGUCCAACUGGUUCUCCGCAUAAUGGUAGAAAGCAUAACGGCUACUCUCGAUACGAUCGUGAAGGAAUAUGCCAAUGAUAAGGCUAAGGUAAGCCUCAUUCUAGUACGAGUAUACGUCAUAAUAAAGUGCCUAAUGGAAGAUUUGGUGCGGAAGAUCACUGCCCUGAAUAUUACAGAGCUUCUACGUGGAGUAGACUUGUCAGGGCUCUCCUUUGAGGAAUACCCCUUGAUCUAUGGGUACGACUUCCGCUUUUCAUCCCUGGAUGGGGCUAAGAUGGCAUUUACAGACUCCAUCAUGCAGAAGAUACGUUCAAAUAUCGAGCUGCUAAGGGAAACAGAAAAGGCUUCAUCAAACUCAAUUGGGAGUAUCAAUCCGCAAAUAGUCGCUUCCAUAUUUGCCCCGUUCGAGCAAAAGGCAGGAACAGCUUCCUUGGUAUCCUCCCAAGUCUCUCGUUCUGCUGCUUCUCUUUCAGACCUCUCUUCUCAUACUGUUCCAGAUGUCAAUAUGGUGCAGAUAAUGAUGUACCCGAUAUCUGACAUUCAAGCCACCAAUCUGUAUUCUUGGUCAUACUAUUUUGAGGCUGAUGAAGAAUUUGACAAUAUUCCCUGGGCGUUUGGUGAAUAUUUUAUCAAUCAUUAUUUGAAUUUCAAUGCCAAAGUGCCUUCUCUUAACGAACUUACCUCUGAGAUAGAAAGGAGGAAGGCACUUUACGAGCAAACGCAAGCGCUAUACACACUACUUUGUGAAAUUUGUAAAAACGCGUUGGCUAGGACAACAAGCGCAGCCCUUUUAGAUGGAGAGUUCACCGCUAAGGCCCAAACAAUAGUUUUAGAUUUGGACACGAUUGUUGCUCCUUCUAUUGAUCUUCCCUCAUCGUUAGCGAGACUUUCAUCCCUUCUUAACGGUCUCAACAAAUUCAAGGCCUCUGCCUUUGUAGAAGACAUUCCUGGAAACUAUUACCAGCCAAUCAAUAAGGCGGACUUUAAGUUUCAUUGCUCGCUAAGCAAUAACCUCGCCAUGCAGCUUAUUCCACAACUUCCUGCAUUUAUGAGCAUAGAAGUGUUCAUUAACAAGCCAUCCAAGACUGGAUAUGGUGGUUCUCGAGACGACAUUUCCCUGCUCGAACUGCUCACUACUUAUGAGCGAGUACAGAACUAUAUGCCCGACGCGCUUACCUCUUCGUCGAACAGAGAGCUAAGCCUUCUUGUUCAUCAAUUUCUCCCAGCCUACUACAGAUCCAGUGCGCUAAAAGUGGUUCCCACAUAUGUACAGGUCACUGCACCCUGGCCUUUCACAGAUCGUACGCUGGGAGAAGUCCAGAUGCAUGACGGUCAGCUCAAAGCAGCAACUGGUCCAGUGACACAGGUGAACAGAGAUGGCGUCCAGAGCAAGGAUGCACUUGACAGCAUCAUUGCGAAACUCUCUGUUAACUUCUUAGAGACUGCCGAGCAUGCGAUCAAGCUAUUAUUCCAAGAUUACUUUAUCCACGAAAGCAUAUACCUAGAGAACUACCUAUCCGCGACUGUUAUGCUGGAGCCUUUUAGGUCCCACCAUGAGGCAAUUGAUACGUUAAUCCUAAAUACUUGCAGUAAGGGCCUUUCAAGCUCGUUGUUCUCUGAGCAGAGUCUCAGCGACCUUAUUGCAAAGUACAAGGCUGUGAUCUAUAGAGCAAGAUACAUGUUCUUCAAGGACUUGUCACCGCCAGAAGCAGCGUCUCCCAGGCUUUCCUUUUACAGCUACAAGACCCAGACAUUUCAGACUGUGCAGGCAACUCUGGUCAAGCGGAUUCUUGCCUUUCUUGUUGCAAAGAUUGGAUUGUGUGUUACGGGUUAUGCAUCCCUUUGCUUUUCUGCGUCUGCUGGGUAUUUUCCUGAGGGUGCUGUCCAGGAUAGCAGCUCUAUGGAGAUACACGACGUUAGGACGGCCACUUAUAGAAUCCUGCCCCUACUGAUAACAUCUCCUCCGGGGACUUAUGCUGUCGAGCCCAUCAGCAAGAAUCCUAAGCUCAGGGCAGCGUGGAAGGAGUAUGGAGAGUCCGUACUAGCCUUAUAUAUGGGGGAUGCUGCUUCCACUAACCCCUUCUCUCUCUCCCUAUGCAGAGUGUCUGAUUGUGGCACUCCUCUUUGCUUUGGAAAUGCGUCCGUAGAAUAUUACAAAAAGAACUCGGGAUACUCGAUUAGCGAUGUCAAGCCCAUUUUACUAGCUGAGAAGAGGUUGGGGGAGGAGCACCCGGGGGAUGUGGCCAUGUCGAGAUCGUUUGCAAGUGCCACCUCAGGCGUAUUCAUACCGCUGACUGACAACUUCUUCGAUAUAAUCUCGGCCACAAUGACAGGAUUGCAAGAGAUGAGCGAUUUUCUGAUCACAGACGUUCUUGCUUUUGAGCGAAAUGAGGAGCUGGACCAGAUCAUUCACAGAGAGCUGAGGCGCUUCUACGCCUCUGUGGAGCUCGCACUCCAUCGGCUCUCGAAUCUAUACGUUGAGCUUACGUUGGCUGGCUGCCGCAUAAUUUACUGUAAUUGCAAAUCAAACAGCUAUAGCGAAGCCGAUAUUGCACACGAUUCUGAUGCUACAAGCUCAAAGCUUGCAUGUAUGAGCUAUGAGGAGUUUUGCCAAUGGGCAAGCUCAACUGGGACUUGUAUGGUGAACAGUGCAGAGAGAAUCCCGCUGCAUGUUCGUUAUAUUUUUGGGCUCCUUACCAAUCAGCUAUCAGUCCUUGUGUCAACCUAUGAGUUUAGGCCUCCCAGCUCACGUUUCUUCUCCAGUGCAGCUCCGCUUUGCAGGAACCUUCUUCCGCCACAAUCAGCCAGUGCAAUAGCAUCCAAGAUUUUGGCUGCCUUCCCGACCCUCUAUCUUGCACACCUCUCUCGCUUCUGCUUCAAGGAUAAUGAUCCUCUCCUCGUCAUCGCUGAGCUAAAGGUUCUGUCCGAACUGUACCACACCGUUCAAGUAAUUGGGGUAGACUGUGCACCGGGAACGCGUCAGGAGAUCCAGCAAAGCAAGGAUAAGCUCGAUCUCAUCAAGGCCGUGCUACUGGCUAACUCGUCUAACCUCUCUCAGGAUGUUGCUGCAAUGAUCAGAAGAUUGUACUUACAUAAUCGGGGCGAAAUGCUCCUUCUAUUACAGAUUUUAGCCCGGCGAUUGACCUCAGGGCUGGGCUUCAUCACGGCAGGGGAGCCGACACGGCGAGGCGACAGAUUUAGAGAGUCUUCAUUUGGGCGCGAAUUUGACGUCCUUUGCAAAAUACUUUAUGAGGAUAGAUAG